CGAGCUUUCAGUCAACUUUCCUUCAAGUUUGACCACCAGGGAUACUAUGGACUACCAGAAUCGAGUUGGUUCUAAGUUCGGAGGCGGUGGUGUUGCGGGUGCGUCCGAGACGAACGUAGAUCGACGUGAACGUCUCAGAAAACUUGCACUUGAGACCAUUGACCUUGCCAAGGAUCCCUACAUCCUCCGCAACCACUUGGGCUCCUUGGAAUGUCGACUAUGUCUCACACUCCACACCAACGAGGGCUCGUACCUCGCGCACACACAAGGGAAGAAACAUCAGACCAACCUUGCCCGUCGUGCCGCGCGCGACCUCAAAGAGACGCAGCUCAUGAUUGCACCCGCACAAAACACAGUCCAGCGAAAGGUCUUCUUGAAAAUUGGCCGUCCUGGUUAUCGUGUUACAAAGGUUCGCGAUAGGGAUACUGGCAAAGAAGGCAUGAUGGUCCAGGUCCACCUGCCGCAAAUCAAAGCAGACGUAAUUCCUCGAAGACGUUUUAUGAGCGCCUGGGAGCAAAAACGUGAGCCGCCAAACAAGGCGUACCAAUACCUUAUCGUUGCUGCCGAGCCCUACGAAACCAUUGCUUUUCGUAUCCCUGCACGCGAAAUAGAAGACGAGUCGGAUGAUGCUGGAUAUUGGAAUUGGUCUCAUUGGGACCCUGACACCAAGCAGUACAGUUUCCAGUUCAUGUUCCGCCUCCACUACUGAUGUCUGAUUUGUACUCUAUGUGUAUGGACUUGUAUGCUGAGUGGCAUUGGCGCUACCCAAGCCGUAGCCUCA